AGCCGCGCCCUUCAUUUCCACCACGGCCUCUCUUCGCCUAGCCUGGCUAGGCGGGCUAUUCGACCAAACAGGCCUGUCCAUUCCUCACACACACACACACACACACACACACACACGCACACACAGCACAGUACAAACCAGAUGUCCUUUCAGCAGGCAUCCAUCCAUCCAGCACCACAUCCACAUCCACAUCCACAUCCACAUCCACAUCCACAUCCACAUCCACAUCCACAUCCAUCCACUCAUUCCUUUCCUAUCAAUCUGAAUCCAGGAGUUGUCCUCCCCAUCCCCGCUCCAUUCGUUGCUCGGAAGAGAGAGCCUUCAUGGUUCAUCCACCAUCGAACCAACCUGCCACCCACGGAUUGAAUCUAACCAUCUACUUACCCCUCUGACCCCUCUAUUCCCCCUCCUUCCAUCCCCCUCCUUGUCCUCAUCAGUCGUCAGUCGUCACUUUCAACCCC